AUGGCGCGUGGCCAACAUCUUCCACCUUUAAUUGCGAUUCCGAAUGCAAUGGGUGAAAGAAUUGCACAACCCUCCAACUAUGCAAAUGUUCUCAAUACUCCCUUAGAGAAUAACAAUGUUAAGAGCAGAGCUGGUGACCUAAACGUGAAAUCCAUAUUGAUUUCGCACAAUGGAAUAUCGGCGGUCAUCUUUAAUGCUAAAGAGUUUAACGACGUGAUGGCAGAGGAAUGCAAAUAUACAAUCGUUGGUAAAUUCCUCAAAACAAGACCCCAAAUUGACAAAAUUAGAUCAAGAUUUGCAGAAAAGAUCACUCUCCAAGGUCAGGUUAUGUGGUUGGAGAAAUGGACUUCGAAUUUUAAAGCGGAUGAGGACUCACCCAUUGUACCUGUUUGGGUUCUACUCCCUGAAUUACCCUUCCACCUCCAUGCCUGGAACUAUCUUAAACAAAUUGUGAGACCAAUUGGAGUCCCAUGGUUGAUGGAUGCUGCCACAGACUUCAGAACUAGACCAAGUAUGGCUAAAAUUAGGGUAGAAGUUGACCUAACUAAGCCCAAACUAAAUGCCAUUUGGAUAGGAACUGAAGAUGUGCCAUGUCCUCUAAAAGGCUUCACGCAGAAAAUUGAGUAUGAGAACCCUCCUAAGUACUAUAGGCAUUGUAAAAUCCUUGGACAUUCUAUACUGCAGUGUAGGAGAGUGGAACAGAAAAAGGCUGAACAAGAGAGAGUUGAUGGUAAUAUGGGGACUGAACAGAAAGAAGAGGCUAAGGGUGAGGAGAAGGAGGAUAUAACUGAACAACAGAAAGAGGAUGGCAAGAAUAUCUUCAAAACAACUAAGAAAAAGACUAGAAAAAAGAAGGUACCAAAGAAGAGAAACAAAGUCCUUAUCAAGAAAGUCGCACCUAGAGAGAUUUUCAAAAGAAAAAAGAGAAGGAUACAGCAGAAUAGGACAGAACAAAGCAGGCAAGAUCAGGUUGAAGAAGGAGUUGAUGGAGAAACCUUAGACAAACAAAAGCAACAAAGUGAAACACAACAAGAUAAAGACAAAGAGGGGGAUACUCAAGACAACCCCUCCAAUAUGAGUAAGACUUUGGACAUAGAUAAAAGGGAGAGCAGGUACAUACAAGACAGACAAGAGCAGGAGAGCAGAACUGGCUUAAAAGAGGUGGAAAAUGGUCAAAUACAAUCUGUUAGUCAAUUACCCUCAGAAGUUAGAAAUGCUCCUGGUAUUGAGUUGUUUGUUGAUCUAAAUUAUGACGAAGAGAUGGAACAAGAAGGCAGGACACAAAAUACUGAUUCUAUGAAUGAAAAGGAGAAGGAGGAAAACAAAAAAGAACAGGUCAUAAACAAAAGAGGGAGAAAGGAGGAAAGAAAGUUUGGAAGACGACAAGCCCUAUAUAUAGACUCUAGUGGCUCAAGAACCUUGAGGAAUGAACAACAAGACACUGCCCAAAGCCAGAUAAAAGGAAUUGGAAUGGAAUUUAGAGGAAGGAGCAAAGGAAGGAGGGGAAACAGAAGGAACAAGACUGGAAAAGAGAGGGAUAUUAUCACUAAUACUGAUCAACAAAUCACUCUUAAUCUCAAAGAAAGCCCUGUUGAUGGGGGAUAUUUUGUCACUUUUGUUUAUGCAAAAUGUACACCUGAGGAGAGAGUGGAACUCUGGGGUAGUAUAGGUCCUAAGUUUACUUGGUGCCACUACUGGGCUCCAAAGAAAAGAAUUUGGAUGAGAUUGGACAGGAUCUUGGUUAAUGAUGAGUGGGCUGAAAAGUUUCAAAAUAAUAUAGUUAAACAUCUCUCAAGAUCUGGAUCAGACCACAGGCCUUUACUUCUAAAAAGUCGAAAUCCUCAACAUGAUCACAUAAAAUAUUUCAAGUUUCUUAGCUUUUGGACUGAGAUUCCUGGAUUUUUAGAGAUUGUUCAGAACUGCUGGGAUAAGGAGGUGAAUGGUAAUGCUAUGUGGAAAUUACAGACCAAGCUUAAGAGGUUGAGUUACACUUUGAGUGCUUGGUCAAGGCAUGAUUUGGGUGAUAUUAAUGAUGCUGUAAAGGAUUGGGAGGCUAAGGUGGAACUUCUUGAAGAACUUGAUAUUAUGAACAAUAUUGAUCAAGGCAGACAGGAUCUCAAUAAGGGCCAUGCAGAAUAUGUGAAGUGGCUUAACUUUCAUGACUCUCGGCUGAAGAAAAAAACAAAGCACCAAUGGUUCAAUGAUGGUGACAAAAACACCAAAUAA